CUUCAGAUCCAGGAUCCAAGCGCUGGCCGGCGACCGGGCACUCUCGCGGCCAGAUGGUGGAUCCCCGCCCAGAUCCCGAAUCAGAGCCCGAAUCCGUGUUCCCACGGGAGGUCAGACUCUUCGCCGACUCUUACUCGGAGAAGAGCCGGUUCUACUUCUGUGGGCACGUGCUGAGCAUCACGGAGAACUUCGGGUCCCGCCUCGGGGUGGCAGCGCACGUGUGGGACGCGGCUCUAAGCCUGUGCAACUAUUUCGAGAGUCAGAAUGUGGAUUUCCGAGGCAAGAAAGUGAUCGAACUGGGCGCUGGGACGGGCAUCGUGGGUAUCUUGGCAGCGCUGCAGGGGGGGGAUGUUACCAUCACUGACCUGCCCCUGGUCCUAGAACAGAUCCAGGGCAACGUCCAGGCCAAUGUGCCGGCUGGAGGCCGGGCCCAGGUCCGCGCCUUGUCCUGGGGGAUUGACCAGCAUGUCUUCCCUGGAGACUAUGACCUGGUGCUGGGGGCUGAUAUCGUGUAUCUGGAGCCCACCUUCCCACUGCUGCUGGGGACCCUCCAACACCUGUGCGGGCCCCAUGGCACCAUCUAUCUGGCUUCCAAGAUGAGAGAGGAGCACGGGACAGAGAGCUUCUUUCAGCACCUCCUGCCCAAGCAUUUCCAACUGGAGCUGGCCAAGCGGGAUGAGAAUGAGAAUGUUAACAUCUAUAGGGCCAGGCACAGGGGACCAAGACCUGCUUGAUGUCACCCUUCUGCUCCUCUGAACACCUUGUUCUAAUGAAGGAACUGCCAUAUGUCCAGAGCCGUAAACAUAAGGACCCAAAACGAUGGAUUUCCCUUGCCGCUGUCUUUCCUCCUUCCCUUUUUGUUUCCUGAGAUACUCUUGGGCAGGUGCAGGGAGGUGCUAUGUGCUAGCAAUACUAGAGCCCUAGCUGUACUGGGCUAGAGUGCAAAGGAAAUUCCCAGUUCCUGUUCUCAGCAGAGGAAGAUGGGAGGGUAUCCAGGAUUUUAGGGGAAGGAGAGGUAAGUGGGAUGUGUGAACAGUGGCUGCAGAGAGACAGUCAUGAUCCCAUCUAGUCCUGCUGUUGUCUUUUUAUACAGAAUGGACUUUUUUUCCAGAUUCUACUGGAAUUUUUAAAAAAGGAAAAUAAAUAAGCAUUAAAGAUCUCUUCUGCAUCCAGAGAACUCGGGCUUUUACUGGGGGGCUGGGAAGCAAGAAAACUCCAACCACCCACUUCUUGCUUCUAGAGAUAGUCUGGUGGAACCAUGGCUCUAACUGGGUCAAGUCCUCCCAGCCCUGAAGUUGGGGAUAGGCAGCAGAGCUGUCCUUUGGACCAUAGCUCCUUCACUCUUUCUGGAGUCGGAGCUCUGAUCACUAAGUACCAGGUUCUCUUUGAUUUUUCUUUAGUCCUUCCUUCCUAAUGUGUUUCCCCUUUACCUCUUUUCUCCUCCCACUGUGGGGCCUCUGAUGGGGGCUCUUCUGACUUACUCCUUGGGCCACACAUCACCUCCUGGGGCCUCCUGGCCUCCAUUCACUCCCCUUCAAACCAUUUUGUAAACUCUGGUGAUCUUCCAAAAUCAGCUCCGAUUAGCUUCUGCUGCUGCCCAACAGAAGCAAGAAUAAGCUCUUCUGCUUGGUACUCAGUGUGUCCCGUGUGAUCCUGCUCCUUCAUUUCCUACCGGUUUCCUACAUGUGUGGCAACCUCUGGCCAAAUUACAAAAGGUCUACUCUUUGUUCCCUAAAUCCACACCAAAGUUCCCUGGCUUCUUCCUUCAUUCUUUUUGAUGAUUCCCUGCCUGGAAGGGCUAUUUCUACCUCUCAAACUCUUCAUUAUUCUUAGCUCCUCUCCUGAAAAAAGCUUUUCCUGAGCCUCCUGUUUGAAUAUGAUUUCUUUCUCCCUUGAGACGCUUUAACUAACUGUUCGUCUUGUGAGGCUUACCUUGUCUUGUGUGAUCAUUUGUCUGCUCCCUAUUUUCUCACCAUUAGAUUACCUUGGAGGGCAGGGCUAUGGUUCCUGGCACACAGUUGGUGUUCAUCAAAUAUUUUUGUUCGUUCAACAAAUAUUUACUCCUCCUCCCUGUAUGACCUUGGCCAAACUUCUGAACCCACCCAACUACCUCACAAGUUUGUCAUGAGUCAUAAAUGGAUAAUGAAUAUGAAGUACAUUGGAAAUAAACAUGAAGUGUUACCACG